AUGAACGUACUCCAAGCUCACCAAGCCCUGUGUCAUAAAUCCUCAGCUGUUCGUUCUGCCUACCCGCCUUCAACACAAUAUCAUUAUCAAGCAGAUAUGACACCACUCGGACAAAUAGGUCAUUUUCAAGAAACAGGAUAUAACGCAAUAGACCCUUCAGCGUCUUCGUUUGCACCUGCAACCUUUUCGACUUACAGUAGAGGUUAUUACACUGCGCAGCGCAAUACUCCACCAACGACGUCUGCCUACCUUCAAUCCAACAACCACAUCACCGGCAUCUGCUCAAUGUUCACGAGAAUCUGA